UUCUUCCAGGAAGAGAGGGAGAGAGAACUUUUUCAGUAGUUGCGACAAUCCUGGCACGCAUCGGAGAGAGGGAGGGAAAAGGAAGGAGACUGUUGAGAAGAAAAGAGAGGUAUAGAAAGAUCGAUUGAGAGUGCGGGAGAGCUGUUAGUCUAAAACCCGUUGGCUGAAGUGGAGUGCUGAGGCUGUGUCUCAGUGUUGUUCAGUGGACUGUGUCUUGUGUGUGUAGCUGUAGUUUGACUGGACUGCACUGACCAGUGGAUAGUGAAGAGAGGGAGUAGGGAGAGGAGGGGCAGUGUGCUGUCCGGCGGAACCAAGCCUAUCUGCCGCCGCCACCUUUUGCAAGCAUGCUGGAAAAUACAGGUUCAACGGAAGUGGAUUCUAGAAUGAGUAAUCCAUCAGAAACUAGUAAAUGUGCAAUGGAGAGUCAGAGUGGGGACGGAAACACAGGAGUCCAAACGAAUGGACUGGACUUUCAGAGGCAGGCGGUGCAGGCCACAAACGCAAUCACCAAUGCACACGCACAGGCUCUGCUCCAACAGUCCAAGUCUGAAGACUCGGGUGCAAUUCCGACCUCUGUCCAGCAGGGCGUGCUGCCUCAGGCCCAGCUCAUGCUGGCUGGGGGACAGAUAGCUGGAUUGACCCUGUCUCCAGCGCAGCAGCAGAUGUUUUUGCAGCAGGCCCAGGCCCAGCUCUUGGCAGCAGCCAUGCAGCAGCAAUCAGCCAGCCAGCAGAGCAGCACCACGGGGGCAAGCAUCUCUGCCUCCGCAGCCACCCCCAUCACACAGCUGCCCCUGUCCCAGCCCGUCCAGAUCACCUCUAUUCCCUCUGUCUCUACUCAUCUCCCAGGCCAGCUAAGCCAGCUGGGAUACCCGUAUGAGAUGGCGACCUUCAGCAGUUACCUACCUCAGUUACAGCAGCUGCAGCAGCAGAACCUGACCAUGCCCCAGUUUGUCCUGGUUCAACCUGGCCACCACAUCGCCACCCAGCUGCAGCCUGGCCAGUUCAUCAUCUCACAGACGCCGCAGGGCCAGCAGAGUAUGUACACAACGCAGAGUUUCCUGCAAGCCCAGAAUCUUCUAACUCAACUACCUCAAAGCCAAGCCAACCUCCUGCAGACUCAGCCAAGCAUCAACCUUGCCUCACAGCCAGCGACUCCAUCCCACACGAUAGCAGCCACGCCCAUCCAGCCCCUGUCCCACAGUCAGACACCACCCAAACGCCUGGACACACCCAGUCUGGAGGAGCCCAGCGACCUGGAGGAGCUGGAACAGUUCGCUAAGACCUUCAAACAGAGACGCAUCAAACUGGGCUUCACACAGGGGGAUGUUGGCCUGGCCAUGGGCAAGCUGUACGGUAACGACUUCAGCCAGACCACCAUCUCCCGCUUCGAGGCCUUGAACCUCAGCUUUAAGAACAUGUGCAAGCUGAAGCCACUUCUGGAGAAGUGGCUCAACGAUGCAGUUUGUGCAGAGAAUCUGUCGUCUGACCUGGCCCUGUCCAGCCCUUGCGGCCUGGGCUCCCCCGGUCUGGGCAUGGAGGGACUCAACCGCCGACGCAAGAAGAGGACCAGCAUCGAGACCAACAUCCGCGUGGCCUUAGAAAAGAGCUUUCUGGAGCAGAACCAAAAACCUACCUCUGAGGAGAUCACCAUAAUUGCUGACCAGCUCAACAUGGAGAAGGAGGUGAUCCGGGUGUGGUUCUGUAACCGUCGGCAAAAAGAGAAGAGGAUCAAUCCCCCCAGCAGCGGACACAGCAUCACAGGGACAGGCAGCACCCCCAUCAAAACCAUCUUCACCCCAACUAGCCCCUUGGUGGCCAGUACGGCGAGCCUUGUGACCAGUAACACACCAACCACACUCACUUUAAACCCAGUGAUGCCUCUCACCAGCACCAGCGUCUCCGGCCUGACCUUGACAGGCACGACGAUCGGAGCGACCACAAACACGGCAUCCGUCAUCUCUACGGCACCCAUGGUUACUGCGGUGACCAGCUCCACCUCGCUAAGCUCCUGCCCCACGGCCCUCCAGGUCACGGCGGCGGAGACGGGUGGAACCCAGGAGCACACGGUGGUCACGCAGGCGCCAUCGUCCCUAGCAACCAAUCUGGGGACAGGUCAGGUGAUGGUGGCUGGACCGGGGCUGUCAGCGGCCCUGCAAGGCGCUGCCCAGUUACCCACCAGUUCUAGUUACGCCUCCAUGGCUGGGCUUAACCCAGGACUUAACCCAGGACUGAUGGCAUCCUCGCAGUUCACUCCUGGGGGGGCCUUGCUGAGCUUGGCUCCGGGUGGGCUUGGAGGGGCUAUAAACCCCGCCAUGUUGAGCAACAGCACCCUGGCCACCAUCCAAGGUCUAUGGAGCGCUCUGGCAUCGGGUGGCACUCUCCCCAUCACCUCGCUGGACGGGAGUGGGAACCUGCUGUUCGCUAACACCUCGGCUGGCAGCACCCCCAACCUGGUGCAACCCCUCUUCCUGAACCCCCAGAAUCUGUCCCUGCUCACCAGCAACCCCGUCAGCCUGGUGUCGGCUGGAGCCGCCGGGGGAGGAGCCCUGCAGGUCACAGCCAACCACCAGGUCACCACGGCGACCGUCCCAGUGCCCGUCUCCACCAUCACCACUGCCUCCAAGGCCCAGUGAAGCUGAAGGCUCAAAUCGCCUCGAAUGACACCCUAUGCUCUAUUUAGUGCACUACUUUUGGUUAAAUGUUGUGUACGAUAUGGAUGGCUUUGGCCAUAGUAAGACACUACAUGGGGAAUAGGGCUGUUGUUUAAGAUUUGCCCUUAGGCUACUGGCUCAAUCCACUUCUUCAUCCUCUUCCUUCUUGUCCUUCUGCCUGUCAUCUAUCAUUAUUUAAUCCUUUUGCUGCCACCAAAAAGAAAUCCUCUGUGAAGAGGGUUGGAAUUUAUAUUUUACGUUUUUAUUUCAUUCUUCAUUCUCUCUUUUCCCUUGUACUCCAAAAACGAUGUGCGACUCCCUGGAUGUUUUUGUCGGUGUACGCAGCGGGUCACACAGGAGGACUGGGGCGGCCAUUUUCUGAGGCAGGAUCAUCUUGAACUCUAUGGUCUGUGCUCCUUGUGACCCCUGAGGGACCACCUAGCUUUCCCUCUUUCUUCUCUGUCGCCUUUUUCAAAAGUAUAUAUCUUCCUCUUCCCUGUUCAGAACUUCUUCUGAAAUACUUCUAACCAAAAAUUUGAUUUAACUUUUUUGACUUUUUUUUCUUCUAACAAAAAUGAUUUACUACUAAAGUUCACAAUCUACAUCAUCACUAAAAGGGGGGUUUGCGUGUUUCCCCGUCUAUAGUUUGAAUUUAUUUAGUGUCUGGCUCUGUUAGACAGGCCUCAGCACAAAUCAAAGUUAUAUUUUAGAGGCGCUUAGUUUGUUUUCUCUUGUUUUAGUGUGUGUGAGUGGACAUUUUCAGAACUUUGUACGUCUAACAUUAAUUUAAGCUUUAACUCCGAUAUCCAGUACCAGUCAAAAGUUUGGACACAUCUACUCAUUCAAGGGUUUUUCUUUAUUAUUACUAUUUUCUACAUUGUAGAAAAAUAGUCAAAACUAUAAAAUAAC